AUGCAACAAGAUUAUCCAUUAGACGUGUAUUCGUGGGUGGCACUAUCACUUUUUCUUUUGGUAAUAUUCUUCGUGGUAUUUCCUAUCAGUAUUCCCAUCCCAUUCUCUAAGAGGUUCCCCGUGAUUCCAUUUAUUCAUUCCUCUCGAUCUCAACCGAUCAAAAUCCCAUUCAAUUUAGCGACCACGCCAUUCUACGCCAUAAUUAUAUUGUUGGCAUGCAGAUGCAUAGAGUUCAAAGUGGUCGUUGAUGGCUUCGUAGGGAGCGAGGGAAUUCAACCGUACAGUAUUAUGAUAUUAUUUUAUUCAUUGGCUUACAUAUGCGUCUCGUUGGACUUGACGGGUUUCGUGGAAUUCUGUGCAUAUUGGUUCUCGAACAAAAGCGGGAAGAAUGGAAAAAAGUUGUUCACCUACUUCUACAUCUUGUUUAAUCUGAUGAGCGCGUUCACAAGUAAUGAUGUGGUAGUGCUUACGGGAACGAUGUAUUACACCCGGUUAGCAAACAUAAAACCUCCAACGGCAUUUUUGAUUUCGGAAUUCAUGGCAGCCAAUAUUGCAUCAAUGACGCUUUACAUCGGAAAUCCAACGAAUGUAAUUGUCGCACAGGCAUAUAACAUCUCCUUUAUAAAGUACAGUGCGUGGAUGCUUGGUCCAACCAUUGUUUCAAUCGUUGUCGCUUAUAUCUUUCUAAGGAUCGUCUUCAGAAAUCCUAAAUUCAUUCCACAAAAUGUGGACCCACCAAAACGCGAUCCAAAGAGUGUAUUAAGAGAUAAGAACGGUGCAAUAUUUGGAAUUUUUUUGUUGGUGUGUUGUUUGGUUACGUUGAUGGCCACUUCAUUCACAAGCAUCAGAGUUUGGGUGGUAACAUUGCCUUUCGCCGUGGUGUCCUUGUUAAGGGAUUUCGUUCAUGAUCUGCUGGAAAAAAAGAAAACCGAUAACGAGCAAAAAAAUAAGUCCGAAGAUAAGGAGGUGGAGAAGUUUGAAAGUAAAAAAGAUACGGUUAUAGAAAAUGUCGAGGGUAAGAGAGACACGGUUGAAAGUAACAAAGACACGAUCGUGGAAAAUGUUGAAAGUAACAAAGAUGUGGUUAUCGAAAAUGUUGAAAGUAAAAAGGACACGUCCAUAGACGUCGAAAGUAAACUAAAAAAUAAAGUGGAAUUAAGCGAUUCCAAAUUAGAUCAUCAGAACUCCACAACUUUAACAGUGUUAGCUAUAGAAAACAUAAGUAAAUCAUCACAGAAUCUCGAAAGUUCGUCGGGACAAGAGCAGGUCAUAGUAAUUGACAAAGGCUAUUCAGACUUUAGAAAAGAAGAAACCGGUUCUAGUUGCGAAAGUUUAGAGAUCGAAAUUCAAGAAGAUCCGGAAAAUGUAUCCGAGUCAAGGUGUUUCUCUUUUAAACACACCUUUCCAACAAUAUACAUGGUGUUUAUGAGAAUGCCGCGGAGUCUCCUUCCAUUCUCAUUUGGAAUGUUCAUUCUCGUUGAAGUUCUCUCUUCAUUAGGCUGGAUCUCACUGUUUGCAAAAGCCUUUUCAACUCUCACGCCAUCCUUUAUACCUGCCGUAUUCGUCACUGCAGUUAUCUCCAUCAUUCUCUGCAACCUGCUGAAUAACCUUCCAAUGACAGUGUUGUUAACGCGAAUCCUACAGCAUCCAAAUUUUGCCAAUGCAGACCACGUGAAUGAAUCGGUAAUGACUGGUUGUCUUUUUGCAUUGGUGAUUGGCAGCAACGUGGGACAAAAUCCUGAAGGAUAUGAAAUCGCCGGUUGGAUAUUGGCAAUUUUUAAAAUGGAACCUUGGGGUAAUGCCGGUGGUUUCCUUGAGCGCGUGCCUCGUGCUGAUAUUUGA